CAGGAAGAAGGAGAGACCCACCGGGAGGAUGAAUAACAAGUCCAUCAAUUCUCGGGUCGUUGGCGGCUCCGGGUCCGGGUCUGUGGACCAGGACCUCGUCGUCGCCUCCACCUUCGGGACUCUCCUCUCGGUCGUCUACAUCAUCGGUGUGUCCGGUAACGUGUACACCCUGGUGGUGAUGUGCCACUCCAUCCGCUUCGCCACGUCCAUGUACGUGUCCAUCCUGAACCUGGCCGUGGCGGACCUGCUCUACCUGUCCACCAUCCCCUUCGUGGUGUCCACAUACUUCCUGAAGGACUGGUACUUCGGGGACGUGGGCUGCCGGGUCCUGCUCAGCCUGGACCUGCUCACCAUGCACGCGAGCAUCUUCACGCUCACCGUGAUGUGCACGGAGCGCUACCUGGCCGUCACCAAGCCGCUGGACACGGUGCGGCGCUCUAAGAGCUACCGGAAAGCCGUGGCGUGGGGGGUCUGGGUCCUCUCUCUAGUCCUCACCGUACCCAUGACGGUCAUGGUGAACCAGACCACCAAGACCACGCCGGACGGGAGCGUGAAGAGGAUGUGCGCGCCGACCUGGGCCCCCCUGGCUUAUAAGAUCUACGUGACGGUCCUAUUCGGGACCAGCAUCAUGGCACCGGGGCUCGUGAUCGGAUCCCUCUACGUCAAGUUAGCGCGCACCUAUGUGGAGUCCACGCGCAGCUCUGUGAUCAGCAGCAGAGGAGGAGGAGGAGGAGGGAAGAGGUCUCCGAAGCAGAAGGUCCUGAUCCUGAUCUUCAGCAUUGUGCUGGUCUUCUGGGCCUGCUUCUUGCCCUUCUGGGUCUGGCAGCUGUUGACCUUGUACCGGACCCAGCCCUUGGACCUGGCCUCGCACACGCACACCUGCAUCAACUACCUGGUGGCGAGCCUGACGUACAGCAACAGCUGCAUCAACCCGUUCCUCUACACGCUGCUCACCAAGAACUACCGGGAGUACCUGAAGAACCGACACCGGAGCUUCUACCGGUACACGUCGUCGUUCAGGCAGCGGCCGCCCAGCCUCUACUCGUGGGGCAAGUCCGCGUCCUCCAGUAAUCAGUUCGAGUUCACCUCCGAGACGAUGGUCAUGGCGACAAGAGAGUGACAUCACGUGGGAGAGAGGAGGAAGCUUUAGGAGGCGCAAUAGGGCUUGUCCGAGCCAGUGAGCGGCGCCGUCACCCUUGGGUGCCUGUGGGCAUGGCGGGGUCAGAGAUGGCGUGUGCGGGGUCGCACGUGAAAGACACGGUGAUGGCGUAGCGCGUCCCCCACGUCACCUUCUCCACG